AUGGUCCAGAACAAGAGCUUCAUCUUCAAGAACCCGCCCGUUGGCGUCCCCAAGGUCGGCCUUGACCUCACCAUCGAGGACCUUGGCUUCGACCAGGACGCCGCUCCCCCGGCUGGCGGCAUCACGCUCAAGAACUACUAUGCCUCCCUGGAUCCCUACCAGCGUGCCCGCAUGAGGGACCCCAAGAUCAAGUCCUACUUCCCCGCCUUCCAGCUCGACCAGCCCAUCGACAACAACGUCGUCGCCAAGGUCCUGAAGAGCGACAACGAGAAGUUCAAGCCUGGUGACAUCGUCGUCGGCAUGAUCCCCAUCCAGGAGUACAGCGCGCUCUCCGCCCAGCAGGCCCAGUCCGUCCGCCUCAUCCAGAACAGCCACAACCUCCACGCCUCCAACUUCCUUGGCCCGCUCGGCAUGCCCGGCCUGACCGCCUUCAGCUCCUUCUACGAGAUCGGCCAGCCCAAGAAGGGCGAGACCAUCUUCAUCUCCGCCGCCAGCGGUGCCGUCGGCCAGAUUGUCGGCCAGCUGGCCAAGCUCGAGGGCCUGACCGUCAUUGGCAGCGUCGGUGACGACAAGAAGCUCGAUUUCAUCACCAACGAGCUCAAGUUCGAUGCUGGCUUCAACUACAAGAAGGAGAAGCCUUCCGAUGCUCUCACCCGCCUGGCUCCUCAGGGUAUCGACAUCUACUACGAGAACGUUGGCGGUGAGACCCUCGAGGCCGCCAUUAAUGCCAUGAACAACCGUGGCAGGAUCAUCGCCUGUGGCAUGAUCUCGCAGUACAACCUGCAGCCGCACGAGCGCUACGGCGUCAGCAACCUGUUCCACAUCGUCAGCAAGCGCAUCACCAUGCGCGGCUUCAUCGUCAGCGACCCGGAAAUGGGCCCCAAGUACGCCGUCGACCACCAGAAGAAGCUGCAGCAGUGGAUCGCCGACGGCUCCUUCAAGGUCAAGCUGCACGUCGACGUCGGCAUCGACGCCGCUCCCGACGCCUUCCUCGGCAUGCUGUCGGGCAAGAACUUUGGCAAGGCUGUGCUGCAGAUUGCUGAUAUUGACAAGGAGUAA